AUGGAAAGCCAAAAGUAUUUGAUUUUUGUAUUACAUUUUUUUUGUCUAAUCGUCUUUGUUCAAUCAUUAAAUGAUGAGGGGAAUAUUCUCUUGGAGUUCAAGAAUUCCCUUGAAGACCCUUAUCAUAAUCUUCAAAGCUGGAGUUCUUUGGAUUCAAAUCCUUGCAAUUGGACGGGUAUAGGGUGUUUAGCUGAUUUUAAGGUAACUUCUAUUCGUCUUAAUGGCCUCAAUUUGUCUGGUUCUUUAUCUUCAAUCAUUUGUAAACUCCCUUACUUAGUGGUGAUGAAUGUGUCGGAAAACUUUAUCUCUGGUCCAAUCCCUGAUGAUUUCAAUUGUUUUCGUAAUCUCGAAACUUUAGACCUUUGCACAAAUAGAUUCCAUGGAGAGUUUCCUACCCAGAUCUGCAAUGUUACUUCCCUCAGAGAGCUUCAUCUGUGUGAGAACUAUAUUUUUGGAGAAAUCCCUGAAGAAAUUGGCAGAUUAACUUUACUUGAGGAGCUUGCCAUUUAUAGUAACAAUCUAACCGGAAUAAUUCCUUCGUCCAUUGGGAAAUUGAAAACUCUUAGGAUUAUCAGGGCAGGUCGAAAUUAUUUAUCCGGUCCACUUCCUGCUGAAAUCACUGAGUGCGAUAAUUUGGAAGUUCUAGGUUUGGCAGAAAAUAGGCUAGAAGGUCCUUUUCCUGUUGAGCUACAAAAACUUAAGAGGCUCACCAGCUUAAUUCUUUGGAAGAAUCUGUUUUCGGGGGAAAUUCCUCCUCAAAUUGGUAAUUUCACUAGCUUGGAAUUACUUGCAGUGCAUGCAAAUUCGUUCUCAGGAACCAUUCCCAAGGAAAUUGGGAAGUUGUCUCGGCUGAAAAGAUUGUACAUGUACACGAAUCAAUUGAAUGGAACGAUUCCACCAGAAAUCGGGAAUUGUUCAAAUGCAGUCGAGAUUGAUCUUUCUGAAAAUAGAUUGACAGGAGUUAUUCCAGAAGACUUGGGCCAAAUUUCUAAUCUACGUUUGCUUCAUCUUUUUGAGAACCUCCUCCAGGGAAAUAUCCCCAAGGAGCUUGGAAAGUUGAAGCAACUCAACAAUCUAGAUUUGUCCAUAAAUAACUUGACAGGCUCAAUUCCUAUUGAGUUUCAAAAUCUCAGGUUCCUUGAGAACUUUCAACUUUUUGACAAUAAUCUUGAAGGUACCAUUCCUCCGUUUAUUGGGGCUAAUAGCAACCUCACUGUUCUUGACAUGUCCAUGAAUAAUCUUGUGGGCAGGAUACCAAAACAUAUAUGCAUGUUUCAGAAAUUGAUUUUUCUUAGCCUGGGAUCAAACAAGUUGUCCGGGAACAUUCCUCGUGGCUUAAAAACUUGCAAAUCUCUCGAGCAUCUAAUGCUGGGAGACAAUUUCUUUACGGGAAGUCUUUCUAUUGAAUUCACAAAACUUCAGAACCUUUCAGCACUCGAGCUCUAUCAAAACCGAUUCUCAGGAUUGAUACCUUCAGAAGUGGGAAAUUUUACUACAUUGGAGAGGCUGCUCUUGUCGAAUAACCAAUUCAUUGGUCAAAUUCCUCCAGAGAUUGGUAAACUUGUAAUGCUCGCUGCUUUCAACGUGUCGUCCAACAGGCUAUUUGGAAGCAUUCCUCAAGAGUUGGGAAACUGUAUAAAGCUCCAGAGGCUUGAUCUUAGCAGGAACUGGUUUAGUGGCUCCAUUCCAGGAAAGCUUGGCAUGCUAGUGAAUCUGGAACUGCUGAAACUAUCUGAUAACACGUUGACGGGACAAAUACCAGGAACUUUAGGGGGUCUAGCUCGAUUGACAGAAUUGCAAAUGGGUGGAAAUUUCUUUUCGGGAAACAUUCCGGUCGAGCUAGGUCGAUUAACUUCACUUCAGAUUGCUCUGAAUAUCAGUCAUAACAAUCUCAGUGGAUCAAUCCCGAGCAAUUUAGGUAACCUUCAGAUGCUAAUAUCUCUUUACUUGAAUGACAACCAGCUUGGUGGCGAAAUUCCUAGUUCAAUAGGAGCACUAAUGAGCCUAAAUGUAUGCAAUCUUUCUAAUAAUAAUCUUGUCGGAACAGUGCCAAACACCCCGGUUUUCCAGAGAAUGGACUCCAGCAAUUUUGCUGGAAACAAUGGAUUAUGCAUAUUAGGUUCAAAUCAUUGCCAUUCAUUUCCAGCCCCUACAUCUGCUCCAAAUCCUAGCUGGUUGAAGGAAGGUUCUUCCAAAGAAAAAAUAGUCAGCAUUGUUUCACUUACUAUCGGCCUUAUCUCUUUGACUUUUAUUGUGAGUGUUUGUUGGGCUAUCAGGCGCCGUAAACCUUCUUUUGUUUCACUUGAAGAUCAACCGAAACCUGAUGUAUUGGAUGGCUAUUAUUUUCCAAAGGAAGAUUUCACAUAUAUGGACCUUGUUGAAGCCACGGGGAAUUUUUCAGACAGUGCUGUCGUAGGAAAGGGAGCCUGUGGAACUGUCUACAAGGCUGUAAUGACCAAUGGUGAAGUGAUUGCAGUUAAAAAGUUGAAAGCCAGAGGAGAAGGAGCCAGCUCAGACAACAGUUUUUGUGCUGAAAUUUCGACUUUGGGAAAGAUUAGGCACAAAAAUAUUGUGAAACUCUAUGGCUUUUGCUACCAUCAGGACAGCAAUCUUAUCUUAUACGAGUACAUGGCGAAUGGAAGUCUUGGAGAACUACUUCAUGGGAAGGAGAAAGAUUGUAUUCUCGAUUGGAAUGCCCGAUACCAAAUUGCUCUUGGUGCUGCAGAGGGGUUAUGCUAUCUUCACAAUGACUAUUUUGGCUUGGCAAAGUUGAUCGACUUCUCCUUCUCAAAAUCGAUGUCUGCUGUUGCUGGUUCAUAUGGCUACAUUGCCCCAGAAUAUGCUUACACGAUGAAAGUGACAGAUAAAUGUGAUAUAUAUAGUUUCGGAGUAGUUUUGUUGGAACUGAUUACUGGAAGGUCCCCUGUCCAACCUCUUGAUCAUGGAGCGCCUCCCCUCUCAACAGGCCUACCAUGCGCGAAGUCAUUGCAAUGCUGA